GUACUACCGGUUCUCGGUGUUUUGCAGCCGAACCGUGAACACUACGCAGUGAGGAGCAGGUAGCGAUGGCGGCUCAGUAACACGUGCUGUGGGGUUGAAGCUGGACACUGGUGCGCGGACGGAACUGUUAAUCAUGGCGAAGAGACGCGCGGAGGAGUCGCUGCUGCUGCUGCACGAAUUUCCCUCCAAAACGCUCCCCCGCUCCCUCCUCAGUGUUGACCUGCAGCUGGAGGCAGACCCCCCGGCAGCCCGGCCUGUGAGCCGGAGUCCCCCGGCCCUGCUGGCCGUGGUGGGCGGCCGCUGCAGGAAGAGGCCGCACUCCUCCGGGGAGCCGGAGCAGAAACCAGAAGAACCAGGGGUUUGCACCAGGGAGCAUGCGGCUGAUGUUGUGACGGUGCAGACUCCUGGAGGUGUCCCGGAGCGUCACGGCAGCGGUUCACCCGCAAAUCACAAGAAACGACCCCGAGAAGACUGUGGGACUUCUCGUCCUGGAGCUCUUCAUGAAGUUGCAGCUGGAGACUCAGACACUGGAGACUCAGACACUGAAGACUGCGCUUUCAACACCUUCUGGUUCUGGAGGUCCCCCCUACCUAAACUCGACCUCACACUGCUGGAAUAUGACCACAGCCAUCCCCAAACAGAGCAGAGGUCAAAGGUCAAAGACCGUUCCUCUGAUGCCAUGGAGACGUGAGGUGGCUAACAUCAGCAGGCCAACAUGAUGAUGGAAACAUGAUGCUCUCCAGUAGGUUGCCCGAAUUGCAUCCAGGUGAGAUGCGACAACUUGACUGUCCAAUGAGCCCUGUCUGACUGAUACGUGGGCUGUAGAAAGUGAGAGAAUCCAGAGAGCGCAAACCUCCCCCAAGGCUGAUUGGCCACUUUACCAACUGUUCAUAUGUAUUCGCUCUCUACACAUUUUUUUUUAAUAAACAUCUCUACAUUAUUCCUUGAGAAAUUCAUAAAAUGUUGAGAAAUAUCUCACAAUGUUAGAGAAAGUAAAAAAAUUAAAUCCUGGAUCCACCACCUUAAUAAAGUCCGCUCCAAACAUGUAUGAUUUUCUUUGGUCAAUACUCCACCCUUUCCAAGUUUCAAUAAAAUCGAUUCAUUCCUUUUUCAUAAUCUUGCUAAAUGAAAACCUCUUUUCUUUGGUGGAGGCAGCAGUGAUUCAUUCUCAUCCAUCAUUCAAUUAUAUGUGUGAGCAGGGACGGGAGCCUUUUUGUUCCAUGCUGAAUCCUGACCUGACGAACCUGCAGCAGUAUUUUAUGCACAUGUUCGAAUAGUUCUUAAAGCAGUUUGUUGUAACUAUUAUGUGACUGUAGUGUAGACUGUUGUAUACUGUUGUAGAUGUUGUGGGAAAUCUUCAUUUUGAAUUCGCCUCACAGAGGGCGUUAACGUGUGCUGUAUUAGCAGUUUUUUUUUACAUGUUACUUGUACAUCUUAUUGACAAUCAGUCCUGAUUGUCACUGUCAGCUGUGUUUUUGGCAAUAAAUGCAGUUUUCUAUA